AUGGUAAGCUCGAACUUACCGCCAUGCUGGAACAUCCCCGGCUGGCCCGGUCCUGCUGACAUCCACGGUUGGUCCGGGCCUGCUAUCAUCCCCGGCUGGCCCGGUCCUGCUGACAUCCACGGUUGGCCCGGUCCUGCUGACAUCCCCGGCUGGCCUGGUCCUGCUGACAUCCCCGGCUGGCCCGGUCCUGCUGACAUCCACGGUUGGCCCGGUCCUGCUGACAUCCCCGGCUGGCCCGGUCCUGCUGACAUCCCCGGCUGGCCUGGUCCUGCUGACAUCCCCGGCUGGCCCGGUCCUGCUGACAUCCCCGGCAGGCCCGGUCCUGCUGACAUCCCCGGCUGGCCUGGUCCUGCUGACAUCCCCGGCUGGCCCGGUCCUGCUGACAUCCACGGUUGGCCCGGUCCUGCUAACAUCCCCGGCUGGCCCGGUACUGCUGACAUCCCUGGCUGGCUUGGUCCUGCUGACAUUCCCGGUCGGCCCGGUCUUGCUGUCAUACCAGGCUGGCUCGGUUGUGCUGACAUCUCCGGCUGGCCCGGUCCUGCUGACAUCCCCGGCUGGCCCGGCCCUGCUGACAUCCCCGGCUGGCCCGGUCCUGCUGACAUCCACGGUUGGCCCGGUCCUGCUGAUAUCCCCGGCUGGCCCGGUACUGCUGAUAUCCCUGGCUGGCUUGGUCCUGCUGACAUUCCCGGUCGGCCCGGUCUUGCUGACAUACCAGGCUGGCUCGGUUGUGCUGACAUCCCCGACUGGCCCGGUUCUGCUGACAUCCCUGGCUGGUUUGGUCCUGCUGAUAUCCCUGACUGGCCCGGUCCUGCUGACAUCCCUGGUUGGCUCGGUCUUGCUGACAUCCACGGUUGGCCCGGUCCUGCUGACAUCCUCGGCUGGUCCGGUCCUGCUGACAUCCCCGGCUGGCCCGGUCCUGCUAACAUCCCCGGCUGGCCCGGUCCUGCUGACAUCCCCGGCUGGCCCGGUCCUGCUAACAUCCCCGGCUGGCCCGGUCCUGCUGACAUCCCCGGCUGGCCCGGUCCUGCUAACAUCCCCGGCUGGCCCGGUCCUGCUGACAUCCCCGGCUGGCCCGGUCCUGCUGACAUCCACGGUUGGCCCGGUCCUGCUAACAUCCCCGGCUGGCCCGGUACUGCUGACAUCCCUGGCUGGCUUGGUCCUGCUGACAUUCCCGGUCGGCCCGGUCUUGCUGACAUACCAGGCUGGCUCGGUUGUGCUGACAUCCCCGGCUGGCCCGGUUCUGCUGAUAUCCCUGGCUGGUUCGGUCCUGCAGAUAUCCCUGAUUGGCCCGGUCCUGCUGACAUCCCUGGUUGGCUCGGUCUUGCUAUCAUCCACGGCUGGCCUGGUCCUGCUGACAUCCAUGGUUGGCCUGGUCUUGUUGAUAUCCCCGGCUGA